UUUCUGCACUCUCUGGCGAUGUGUUCUUGGAGCAUUCCACAGGGACAUUUUUUAUUUUCUUCCUUUAACUGGUCUGUAGAUUAGCAAAAGGCUUCAGAUCCAGAAUGAGUUUGCCACUAAACCCACAAUUAUUCCUUAAUGGCCUUACUGGUAAGCCAGUAAUGGUGAAACUGAAAUGGAGUAUGGAAUACAAGGGAUACCUGGUCUCUGUGGGUGGCUACAUGAACAUACAGCUUGCCAAUACAAAGUAUAUUGAUGGGGCAUUGUCUGAACAUCUUGGAGAAGUUUUAAUAAAGUGUAAUAAUGUAUUGUAUAUGUAUAUACAAGGAGGAAGAAGAUGGUGA